UAAAAUUCAACAGGAGGCAUGAGGCUCCGUGAGAGGUUAGAUUAUUGGCGGGGCAGACGCGCGCACAGACGCGCGCGCGCGCACGCACGCACGCACACAGCUGCCAUGCCUUCCUCCAGCAGAGACUGACAGAAGCGGGGCGACCGCUGUAAGCUGCGAGCGCUCAUCCCUCCUCUCCUCAUCCCUCCUCUCCUCAUCCCUCCUCUCCUCCUCUCCUGCGCCAGCGCGUCUCCAAGGCUGCAGCCGACCAAACUUUGAGGAGGCGAGAGAGAGAAACGUCGACAAAUCACCGGCGACCGGCGCGCAUCACCAACGAUAAAGGUGGGUGGAAGAAAGACGAAAGAAAGAAAGAAAGAAGAAGAAAAGAAGAAGAAGAAAAGAAGAGCCAUCAAGUCCGAGAGAACGCGGCGGAGCUGGGAGAAAGAGGGAGCUAUGCCAUCUCCCGCCGAGCAGAGUCCAGUCCUCCUCGGUUGUGCGUCGGAGCUGCAGCAUGGUGUCUCUCUCUGGACUCUGGACCUACUGCCUCGCCCCCGGGAGACCCCAUCUCCUCUUCCUCUCCGCGGGAGCGCUCCUGCUGCUCCAGCUGCUGACCGCCUUCUCCUCCCCGGACUCCUGCUUCCCGCACCCGCAGCCGUGCCACAUCCUCGCCCGGAUCGGACACACCGUGCGCCUCGGCGCGCUCUUGCCGACCCGCCAGCCGGUACGGAUACAAAACGCGCUCAACCGCGCCCUGGCCAGCCUCCGGCACCAGAGCGCCGGGGCGGACUCCUCCUCCACCACCACUUCCCAAACACCCCCGCUGCUGCCCUACAACCUGAGCCUGGAGAUGGUGGCGCGGUCGCCCGCGGCGGGGGACCCGGAGUCGCUGUCCCGUAGCGCCUGCCAGGACCUGGUGGUCAGGGGGGUGUCCGCCGUGCUCGCCUUCCCCCGCUCCAGGGAGGAGCUGAUCCAGGUGGAGUUCCUCUCCUCUUUUCUGGAGGUCCCCUUCAUCUCCAUCCUGGAGGACACGGAGCCCCUUGUUACCAAGAACCGGUUCCACCUGCAGAUGUCGGCCCGUGUGCCUCCAUCAACUCUGGGCAGCCUGCUGCUGGCAGUCCUGCAGGGGGGAGAAGAGGACAGGGACCGAGCGAGCCGGGGGGAGGGGAGCUGGGGAGGAGCGGCCGUGGUCUGCCCCGGGUGGGAGGAAGGGGGCGAGGGGCUGCUGUCUCACCUACAGAGGCACAGUGGUUCCAACUGGCAUUUGUGGGACGUCAUCAACCUGACCCGCAUCACGGGGGGCGGAGAUAGGAGGGGGGAGGCCAGCGAGGAGAGGAGGGAGGAUCAGAUGGAGGAAGAGGCUUUGAAGAUUCUCUCCACUCGUUUCGUGCGCUCCCCCUCUCCUAUCUCCUCUGUUCUCCUCCUGGGCUCUGACCCUGAGUGUCUCUCCUCUGUCCUGCGGGCCGCUCAGCGCCUCGCUCCGUCGCUGCCAGCGCUGCAGUGGAUCAUGGGAUACCCCUUGUCUCCCGAUUCGCUGCACACUCUCGGAGGUCCACUUGGACUGCUCGCCUACGGGGAGGUUGGCCGCAAGCCAAUCAGCUUCUACAUUCGGGAUGCUUUGCAGUUGAUUGGCCGAGCGGUCACUGCGGCAACCAUGGUGAGGCCGGACUUGGCCCUGAUCCAGAACAUGGUGAACUGUUAUGACAAACCAAACCGCCAUGAGGUGCCCUCUUCAGGACAAUAUCUGGCCAGAUUCCUCUCCAACACUUCCUUCACUGGUGGCACCGGCCUGAUCCAGGUGGACGCUGGCUACUCCCGGGUCCUCUCCUCCCAGCUGUUCCAUGUAUGGAGUCUGAAGAGGGGUGCUCUGGGCCAGCCGGCCUGGGUCACUGUAGGCCAGUGGACCCGAGGCCGACUGGAGUUAGAGGGAGGGAUCCUCGGGCUGGUGGGAGGGUUCGGGAGAAACCAAGGACAAGGUCUUGGGGCAGGGGUGAGGGGAGGGGAUGGCCAGGGGGACGGCAACAUUGGAGGACGCUGGAGGCCAGGACUCUCUGUCGAAGGACACCGCCUGCGUGUGGUAACGCUGGUGGAACAUCCGUUUGUUUUCACACGGGAGGUGGACGAGGACGGAUUGUGUCCGGCGGGUCAGCUCUGUCUGGACCCCAGAACCAACCGGACUGACAUAAUCCACAGCCUCUUCAACCAGCUACACAACCCAAACGCCACGGUUGCAGAGUGGGGUGGCAAGGACCUACCAGAGGACCUCAGGAAGUGCUGCUACGGGUACUGCAUUGACUUGCUAGAAAAGCUGGCAGAAGACAUGGGCUUCACCUAUGACCUCUAUAUUGUGGGAGACGGGAAGUACGGGGCGUCGAGCGGGACAGGACGAUGGACGGGGCUGGUCGGAGACCUGCUCAGCGGAACAGCCGACAUGGCUGUCACCUCUUUUUCCAUCAAUUCUGCCAGGAGCAGAGUCAUCGAUUUCACCUCGCCAUUCUACUCCACCAGCCUGGGAAUUCUGGUUCGCAGCCGGGACACUGCAGCUCCUAUUGGAGCCUUCAUGUGGCCCCUUCACUGGUCCAUGUGGGUGGGCAUCUUUGUCACGCUGCAUCUCACCGCACUCUUCCUCACCUUGUACGAGUGGAACAGCCCCUUCGGCAUGACACCACAUGGCAGGAACAGGCUGCGUGUGUUCUCCUACUCCUCCGCCCUCAAUCUCUGCUAUGCCAUACUGUUUGGACGCACCGUCGCCACCAAGACUCCAAAAUGCUGGACAGGUCGCUUCCUGAUGAACCUGUGGGCCAUUUUCUGCUUACUGGUGCUGUCCAGUUACACCGCCAACCUAGCGGCCGUCAUGGUCGGGGAGAAGACCUUCGAGCAGGUCUCGGGGAUCCAUGACGACAAGCUGCACCAUCCCUCCCUGGGCUUUCGUUUUGGCACGGUGAGGGAGAGCAGUGCCGAGGAUUACAUGAAGAAGAGUUUCCCAGAGAUGCACGACUACAUGAGACGCUACAACCAGCCCACCACCCCAAAUGGGGUACACAUGUUAAAGACAGAUCCUCCUUCCCUGGAUGCGUUCAUCAUGGACAAAGCCCUGUUGGACUUUGAGGUCUCCAUCGACGCCGACUGCAAACUGCUCACCGUGGGGAAGCCGUUCGCCAUCGAAGGCUACGGCAUCGGCCUGCCCCAGGGCUCCCCCCUGACCCGCAAUAUGUCCGAGUUCGUGAGUCGUUACAAGUCGGAGGGCUUCAUGGACAUGCUUCACGACAAAUGGUACAAGGUCGUGCCCUGCGGGAAGCGAGUCUUUGCCGUCACCGAGACUCUACAGAUGGGGAUCCAGCAUUUCUCCGGCCUGUUCGUGCUGCUGUGUAUGGGGGUGGGCGGAGCCCUGCUGACUCUGGCCGGCGAACACACCUUCUAUCACCUGGUCAUCCCGCGACUCCGACGCACGCACACACUGCAGUACUGGCUGCACACCAGCCAGAAAAUCCACCGUGCCCUCCACACCACGUAUGAGGACGUAGGGAAGGAGCUGACCGGCCUGGACCAAAACCCGUCCUCUUGUAUCUCAGAGAACUGCACCCUACACCGGAAACAUCAUCAUCCUCCUCCCCCCCCAUCUCCCCCCACAUCCCUCCCAGCUUCCACUACGGCUGGAGACACCAGCAACUCCUCGCCGUCCCACGAGCCCAAGGAGAAGCGUGUGCACUUUGACCUCGACACCCUGCACAGCUACCGCCUUCGCACGCACACGGCCUCGGUGCGCGGCCGGCCCGGGAUGGUCGGCCGCCCGGGGCUCGGCCUCGGAGGGUUCGGUCUGGGCAACCUGGGGAGUUUUACGUCCCCGCCGCAGAUUAGCCUCCACGUCAACGGGGGCCCUGUCUCGGCACUGGCCUCCACGGGCUUGGUGCUCUCUCCGCUGGGGAGCAGGGCGGCUCAGACCAGCCUGUGGGAGGGGGAGCUCCAGGAGCUGCAGGGGAAGAUCGAGAUAUUCCGCAGCCAGCUGAGAGAGGCUCUGGCCAGGCGGGCGGAGAUCCAGAGCAGCCUGGAGCGAGAGAGGAGCGGACACGUGCGCAGGGAUACCAGUCUGGAGAGGGAGAAGGACAGACAGAGGAUACAAACUAUAAAUACAGACAGAAGUAGCAGCACUCAGUCGAAACUCCCCGAGAGAGACAGGACCAGCCAACUGCAGACCCUGAACAAUCAACAGACCGGAAGGGCGAACCAGUCAGGUGGGCCUGGGACUCUGGAGCACGGGAGGAGCAGCCAGUUAAACACAGUGAACAGUCUGGACAGAGGGAGAGCCAUCCAACUGCGCUCCGUCAACACUUUGGCGGGAGAAAGGACUGUGCAGUCGCGCACCUCCACCAGUUUGGAGCGCAGUCGGGUCAACCAACCGGGCGCCGGGAACGCAACUGUCCACUCACGGAACACUUCCAGCCUGGACAGGCAGAAGGCUAACCUGUCGCGCACUUUGAACACUUUGGAGAGGACAAAAGCCAACCAAUCAGGUGUCAACAGUGGAACUUGAUUGUCCUUCUGACGUAUGGGACUAUAGUGCAGUCAGCACUUGCAUAACCGCGGGAAGACGGCCGAGGGGAAAUUUACAAUAUGUUAUCUGCCAUCACUGGUUGCUUGCUGAAAAAACUUACAAUAUGUUAACUGACACCAUUACUUACUGUAACCUAAUCAUUUUUUUUUCACCAUAAUUAUGUCAAUACUCACUUAAAAUGACGACUAAAAAACAUAACCUCAACAUAAAGAGCCGACAAAAAUGUCCGCGUCAUUCAUGAAUCCAUUAAAAUCGAUGUUUUAAUUUUGCUGAGUGAAAAUCAAGCACAUCCAGACAUUAUGCGACGGUAGAAUCAAAGUUUGCCCAAUUUGAAAAUGCACUUGCGACAUCCGCGUCAGAGCCGAGUGCCAGCAGCAGGAGAUAAAGAUAAUGAUGCAACCAAAAUAAAAAGAGACUUUAAGUAAUUCAAGUAAUAAUUUCCCAAAAAAUGUGAAUGAUGAAAGAGAACAGGAGCGAAGAAGGACACUGUCCUUAAGCAACCUACUUAAUGAUCCUAUGAGACUUUAAAAAAAUAUAUAUUUUGUGUUUUUAACACCUCCUAUCCUCGUACGUUGUCCCAUUAUGAUUACAUGCAAAAAAAAAAAAGAAGCAUUUUCCCAUAUUUCUCUAUCACCAAGUCCCUUCUUCUUCUGAAAUUGAAAAGGUGUCUCGGAAAAACUGAGCCACUGCCGAACAAACGCUUUGAGAUGGUAAUUCUUUUCGUCUGUGAUUUGAUGGGUUCCACACUGAGGCAGGACUUGACAGGACCUUUUUAAAGAAAAAGAAAAUAAACCUUGAUGACAGCGAAAAAAGGGUUCGGAGUCUGCAUUAAGAACCCGAGCAGUGAAGGCCAGGGAGAGUCUAAUGAAAAACAAUUCUACUGGGAAAUGUGGGAUCCGUAGUAUUUGGACUUUGACCCCCCCCCCACUAGAGACUUAAAGCCAGAAUAUCUCUGCGCCUGCUGCUUCCAGUUUGUCCCCCAACUUUGUGGAAGUACAACGCUAAAUCACUGCAAUGGGUCCUCUUCCUGUGUAGGGUGUUGUUGAGUGGGCCCAUCCCAUUAAUAGUAAAUAUCAAUUUUUAAUGUGGCCAUCGACGAGCUGACAAGCACGGGUGAUUGGUGUGUGUGUGUGUGUGUGUGUGUGUGUGUGUGUGUGUGUGUGUGUGUGUGUGUGUGUGUGUGUGUGUGUGUGUGUGUGUGUGUGUGUGUGUGUGUGUGUGUGUGUGUGUGUGUGUGUGUGUGUGUGUGUGUGUGUGUGUGUGUGUGUGUGUGUGUGUGUUUCCAUUAUUCACCGUGCUUUAGUUGCUGUGGGCGGCAUCAUUUUCAAAGACCUGCUUCGGACCAAUCAUCUUCAAGGGUCCAACGUUGUGUUUUACGGAGACACACAAUGACAGAACUAAAAAUCACCGUCUCAAAGACUUUUGUUUUUUUUUGUUUUUUUAAGGAAUAUUUAAUUAUCUGAUCAACCCCAAAACCCCCGAAUAGUUCAAAAACGGUUAAGCGUCCGUCGGCUUGGAAUUGUGGCUCUGGCCAGUAAACAAGUGCCCAUCAAUUUCGGAUUGAUGUUGUUCAUCACAAUCAUUAUGAGCCCAUCAUGGUCGCAAUUUUGCACUUUGGGGGAGACUGUAACUGUGCAUGAACUCCCACGGUGAGAAAUGUUACAGUUCACCAGCUCCUUUGCAGUUCUGAGUGAGCUCUAUAAGUGACACCACCUGUUGUUGUUUUUUUUUUUUUUCACUUCAAUCAUGGACACAGUUUUCUCUGUUUACACUUGGCGGACAUUAAGGCUGUAUUAUUGGGACCCCUCAAGUUAUUCCCGUCCACCACCGGAGGGAGCUGCUUCCCUGCUUCCCGCGGCUAUGGGCAGCUGCAAGUGUCGGAGGAUUAUUGGUUCCAGCCAAAAUCACAAAUACAUUUGAAGCGAUUGACUUAUGAAGAAACUGUUGGCCGAUGGAAGCUGCAAUUUUUUUUUUUUUUCUUCUUUCCUGCUUUUCUUCUCAUGCAGCUUCAAAGGACCUGGGGGGGGAAUAAGGCCUUUCUUUGUCAUCACUCCAGCUCUGUACAAUGAAAUGUCACCUGAUGGUACAAGAGAUGCCCUCGACACUUCCGACGGUUGAUGGGUAUCUCAUGUAGCCCACGGGUCAGAGGGACAGACGCGGAGCUCUUAUGAUGACGCACUGAUCUGAUGUACAUUUAAACGUUUCAAAACUUUGCUGUGGUGUGACGUGGUUGUGUUCACAUGCCAUGGUGUCUAUACGAGGAACAACAACAACAACAAAAAACAUAUUUUAGAUCUUUAUUGAGAUACUGGAUAUUUAAAGAGAGAAUUUUAAAUUGAACCCCUUAUAAAAAAAAUUAUAUCUGCAUAUUAUUGAAUUUUAUCAUAAAUGAUCAUUCUCAUGUUUUGAAAUAAACAUUUAUAUACUUA